UCUCCUGCUUCUCCUGCUUCUCCUGCUUCUACUGCUUCUACUGCUUCUUCUGCUUCUACUGUUUCUACUGAUUCUACUGCUUUUAGUGCUUCCACUGCUUCUAAUGCUUUUACUGCUUCUAAUAGUUCUUCUGCUUCUCUUGCUUUUCCUGCUUCUACUGCUUCUUCUGCUUCUACUGCUUCUACAGCUUCUGCUACUUCUACUACUUCUACUGUUUCUAAUGCUUCUACUCCUUCUAAUCAUUCUAAUACUUCCACUGAUUCUACUGCUUCUACUGCUUCUUCUGCUUCUAUUGCUUCCACUGCUUCUACUACCUCUACUGAUUCUAAUGCUUCUACUGCUUCUACUGCUUCUAAUGAUUCUACUGCUUCCACUGAUUCUACUGCUUUUACUACUUCUGCUUCUACUUGUUCUAAUGAUUCUACUGCUUCCACUGCUUCUACUGCUUCUACUACUUCUACUGAUUCUAAUGUUUCUACUGCUUCUACUACUUCUGCUUCUACUGAUUCUUCUAAUUCUACUGCUCCUACUGCCUCUACUACUUCUACUAAUUCUACUGCUUAUACUACUUUUACUAAUUCUACUGCUUCUAAUACUUCUAAUACUUCUACUGCUUCUCCUGCUUCUCCUGCUUCUACUGCUUCUAAUACUUCUACUGCUUCUCCUGCUUCUACUGCUUCUUCUGCUUCUACUGUUUCUACUGAUUCUACAGCUUUUAGUGCUUCUACUGCUUCUAAUGCUUUUACUGCUUCUAAUAGUUCUUCUGCUUCUCUUGCUUCUCCUGCUUGUACUGCUUCUUCUGCUUCUACAGCUUCUGCUACCUCUACUACUUCUACUGUUUCUAAUGCUUCUACUCCUUCUAAUCAUUCUACUGCUUCCACUGAUUCUACUGCUUCUACUGCUUCUACUGCUUCUACUGCUUCUACUGCUUCUUCUGCUUCUUUUGCUUCCACUGCUUCUACUGCUUCUACUACCUCUACUGAUUCUAAUGCUUCCACUGAUUCUACUGCUUUUACUACUUCUGCUUCUACUAGUUCUAAUUAUUCUACAGCUUGUACUGCUUUUACUGCUUCUUCUGCUUCUACUGCUUCUACUACUUCUACUGAAUCUAAUGCUUCUACUGAUUUUUCUACUUCUGCUUCUACUGUUUCUACUACUACUUCUGCUUCUACUACUUCUACUGCUUUUUAUGCUUCUAAAGGUUCUGCUGCUUUGAAUUCUUCUACUAAACCUACUGCUUCUACUUCUUCUACUGUUUCUACUGUUUCUACUGCUUCUACAGCUGCUAAAGCUUCUACUGCUUCGAAAUCUUCUACUGUUUCUAAUUCUUCUGCUUGUUUUUCUUUUUUUUUGUAG